ACACUAGCACCACCAGUAGGGUUUGCUGAGGCCGUCAUUUCAAAUCGACCUGAUCAAAAAAAAAAUCGACCAAAAAAAAGGCCGUCACAGCAAGAGAGGCAAUUGGAGCUGAUCAGUUGAAGAAGAAUGGCCGUCGGAAAAAACAAGCGCAUCUCCAAGGGAAAGAAGGGUGGCAAGAAGAAGGCCGCCGAUCCCUUUGCCAAGAAGGAUUGGUACGAUAUCAAGGCUCCUUCCGUCUUCCAGGUCAAUAAUGUGGGCAAAACCCUUGUUACUCGUACUCAGGGCAAUAAGAUUGCUUCUGAAGGACUCAAACAUAGAGUGUUUGAGGUCUCACUUGCUGAUCUUCAAGGGGAUGAGGACCACGCCUUCAGGAAGAUUAGACUGAGAGCAGAAGAUGUACAAGGAAGGAAUGUGCUCACAAAUUUCUGGGGAAUGGAUUUUACUACUGACAAGCUGAGGUCGCUUGUCAAAAAAUGGCAAACUUUGAUUGAAGCUUUCGUGGAUGUGAAGACCACAGAUAAUUAUAUUUUGAGGCUUUUCUUUAUUGGGUUUACCAAAAGACGGUAUAACCAAAUGAAAAGAACCUCUUAUGCCCAAUCAGGGCAAAUUCGGCAGAUUCGCAGGAAGAUGAGGGAGAUCAUGACCAAGCAGGCAACAUCCUGUGAUCUCAAGGAGUUGGUCCGUAAGUUUAUCCCAGAAAUGAUUGGGAAAGAGAUCGAGAAGGCUACUUCUAACAUUUACCCUCUUCAAAAUGGGUUUAUCAGGAAAGUUAAGAUCCUGAAAGCCCCAAAAUUUGAUCUGGGGAAAUUGAUGGAGGUCCACGGUGGUGACUAUGCUGAAGAUAUUGGUGACAAAGUGGACAGGUCUGUUGAUGAACCAAUGGCCGAGGCUGGGGCUGAAGUUGUUGGCGUUUAAGUGAUAAUGGAUUUUAGUUUGUUUUAGCACUUUAGGUUUAUUUACCAGUUUUGUUUUGACAACGAGAAUCAUAAUUUUGCUUUCAAUGUAAAUUUUCGAUUUUGGGUCUGCAAGAUUUUGUUUUUGGUAAAAGGG